AUGACGAACAAGAACCUUCUUGUCCUUGUGGUUCUUAUGAGCGUUCUUGGAGUUUCAGUUUCUCAGAAUCUUGACCUUAACUUCUACAAAAACAGGUGUCCGGAUGCAGAAGCCAUUGUCCGUCGUAUCACUGAUCAGUAUGUUUCUCACCAACCUAGUCUUGCCGCCGCGCUUCUAAGGUUGCAUUUUCAUGAUUGUUUCGUCAGAGGAUGUGAUGGUUCCGUUCUUCUGAAAUCUCCAAACAAGGAUGCAGAAAGAGACGCUCUCCCUAGUUUGUCUCUUAGAGGCUACCAAGUGGUCGAUGCUGCCAAGACAGCGUUAGAGAAGAAGUGUCCUGGUGUGGUUUCAUGCGCUGAUGUACUUGCCUUGGUCGCCAGAGACGCUGUCUUAGCGAUCAACGGACCCGGGUGGGCGGUACCACUGGGCCGGAGGGAUGGACGUUUCUCAAGAAAAUCUGAGGUUAAUUUACCAUCCCCAUUCACCGGAAUAGCUGCACUGAAACAGAAUUUCUCGGACAAGGGUCUUACCAGUAAAGACCUUGUCGUUCUCUCAGCGGGUCACACCAUUGGAAUCUCUAAUUGUGGUCUCAUCAACCGCCGUAUCUACAACUUCACUGGGAAAGGCGAUUUUGACACUUCGAUGAAACCUAGCUACGUUAGGGAAUUGAAGAGAAGGUGCAAGCCAACUGAUUUCACGUCCUCGGUUGAGAUGGACCCAGGCAAUGUCAAGACGUUUGACUCUAAUUACUUCAAUAUUGUGGCUCAGAGGAAGGGUUUGUUCUCAUCUGACUCAGCACUUCUUGAUGACCCUGAGACCAAAAGUUACAUUGACACACAAGUUGCUACUGCUGGAUCUUCUUUCAACGAAGAUUUCUCUGAGUCAAUGGUUAACCUUGGCUUCGUUGAAAUCCUCACCGGGAACAAGGGUGAGAUCAGGAAGAGGUGCUCCUCCGUAAACAAAGAUUCAUCAGUAUAA